AAUAUUUUGUGUGCCUUUUAUUGUUAUGAUUAUUGUUUGAAAGUUUUUUGUUUGCCGUGUAUUUGAGUUACUCAUCGCUGAAGACAUACAUAAUUACAAAUACUAUUGUGUUGUAAAAAAAACACUUAAUAAUAAUCAUAAUAAGAAUAAGACAUUGAAUUGAAGGGACAAUUCAUUGGCAAAAAAGUGAGACUCAAUUCAUAUAAAUAUAUUAAAUAGAUGUUUUGUAUUGAGUUAUUGUGCAACAAGUGAUACAAUAUUUUAUAUCUCUCCGGGUGUACAACAAAUUCAUAUUAUUGCUGAACCUGUACACCGAAGUGCCGUAUAUUUGCAUUCAUUCAACGGUCUCCUUAUUUUUUGAUUUAUUCAUAAUUAUUACAAUCAAAAAACACAAUUCACACUAAAUAGCAAAACAAUACAAUAGAAAAACGCGUUUUUUACCGAUCGCUAAGAUAUGGACCAUUCAUUCACAUCAAGAGGAAUGGAGACUAACAUAACGUUAUGGCAAUUCUUGUUGGAGCUAUUGUUGAAUAAUCAGUACAAAAACAUAAUCACGUGGACUAAUACGGACGGGGAGUUCAAGUUAGUGAACGCCGAGGAGGUGGCCCGGCUGUGGGGCCUACGCAAGAACAAGCACAACAUGAACUACGACAAACUGAGCAGGGCACUGCGCUACUACUACGACAAGAACAUCAUCAAGAAGGUGUUGGGCCAGAAGUUUGUCUACCGGUUCGUCGCCUUCCCCGAGAUCGUCAAAAUGGAGUCUCGGGUGCCGUUCCACCAGAAGAUGGAGUCAAUGGGCGCCUCGAACGGCGCCGUCAGCGCACAGCCCACGGUCACCACCGUAGCCAACACAGGCGUCAGCCUACUGGCCAAUCACCACCACCACCACCACUCCUCGCACCCACUCCAGCACCACAAUAGCAACGCACACCUCUUCCACAGCAACCAUCUGUCAUCUGAUGAGCCGACAGACCUGUCCUGCAAAAGCAACGCUUCCAACGGCUCCACCAUUUCGGGCAACAAUUGUAUUAACAAUAAUAACACCAAAACUAUUAACAAGAAUCAUAAGCGCCUCCACAACGAGCACAUAGACUCGGAGUGCGGGUCAGAGGGCGCCGACAGCGACUCGACGAGCGUCAGCGUCGGCCACCACCACAUCAAACGGUCGAAGGGGUCGUCUCUGCGGCAGAUAACAGCUCCGCGACCGUCGUCUCGAUCGCCGUCGCCCUCCAACCGGUCGACCGCCUCAUCGCCGGCGUCGGCCGAGAGCUCCACCUCAUCGCACGGCUGCUCACCCGUCAACGGGGGCGGCAAGUCGUCGUCGAAGGGGCUCACGAAGGCGCUCACGAAGUUCAAGCCGAAGCCGCCGCCGAUCACUGGCAUACCUACCAGUCCCACGCGAUUCAGCCACGCGUUCGCCCAGUCCUUGCAGACGCCGAUCGUGACGUUUGCGUCGCCCUUCUUAGGCAAAGCCACGCACUCGGCGGCGAUGCUGCCCAACGCCUUCAGCUUCUGGAACAGCCUGUCCCCUCUCAUGCUGUCGCCCAGGUAUACCACGAACGGCACGCACUUCCAGUUCCCGGGCGUCGGCCAUCAUCCGGGCGCCGGCGGCGGUCCCGCGACGCCCACCAGUUUCGGUCUGUCUCUGUCGCCCUUGUUCGCGGGCCCACCCUAUUCGCCAUUCGACCCCCAGAUACUGUUCUCGCCGUCGUCUAAGUCUAUAUCGGUGUUGCAGUGAUUUUUGUAGAGUACCGGUGCCCCCCAAACAUAGACAUAGACACAUAUUACUACUACACCCACCCGUCCGGCACCGACCCGCCCGCCACUGCGCCCAAACAGUUAAUAAUAUAAAAUUGAAGUUUUUUAUAUUAUAUAUAAAAUAUAUUAUAUGUUUGUAUAGAGACUGAACGCAUA